GUAUAUCUGAUGACAAAUCAUAAGGACAGUGGGCGAGCACCAUGCAUCUUGGAUACUACGUUUUCUGUUUGUGUUGUGUUGUAUGCUUUUCAGAUUGCUCAGACAACCAAAAUACAAAUAAAGCAUGUAAACCCCCAUUCCACAGAUUUGCAAACAGUUGUUAUUACAUCAGCAGAGACCAAGUAUGGGGAGAUGAGGCGUUUGCUCGUUGUAUCAACAUUGGAGGUUACCUCGCCAACUUUGAGACAUUGGAAGAGGCCAUGCUGAUGAAACAAAAGUUAAAGAAAAUGAAUUCGGGUCUCCACUUUUUUGUUGGAGGAAGAAAUAUCAACAAGAGAAAACCAGGAGGGGAUUGGAGAUGGAUAAAAAAGGGAACAAUGACAAAAAUGUCAUAUUUCGCAUUUGGCAAUAACGAACCCAAUGGGAGUGACAGGAGUGCUGAAGAUUGCAUGUGCUUUUAUGCAAGUGAAUACUACAGAUUUCAUGAUGUCUAUUGUGACAAUUACAAUGGUGGUUAUAUUUGCGAAAAAUAAAAUGAAAAAUCAGGACGAAGUUCGUAUCUGAUAAAGUUGUUAAAAUA